UGUAGCACUUCCUUAAAAACAGCUAUUUAAUGCAACUCUGCCAGUGAGUUCUUGACAGUCCUGUCUUAGGAUUCCGAUAUUAAUGAAACAUCUUUGCAAAGGGUUGAAGUGUCUUCCUGAAUCGUAAACUCAUUAAUGAAGCAUGGCCUGUGUUGAACAAGACAAGCUGGGUCAAGCCUUUGAAGAUGCUUUUGAGGUCCUGAGGCAACAUUCAACCGGAGAUCUUCCGUACUCCCCAGAUUACAAAAAUUACCUGGCGUUCAUCAACCACUGCUCUCAUAUCAGAGGGAAUUCCAACUGCUAUGGUAUGCUGCCUGCAGAGGAACCUGUCUAUAAUUGGAGAACAGUAAUAAACAGUGCUGCGGACCUCUAUUUUGAAGGAAAUAUUCAUCAAUCUCUGCCAAACAUCCCUGAAAACCAGCUGGUACAGCCUAGUGUUCUCCAUCAAAAGGGAGGAAAAGGCAGGAAGAAGCUUCGACUGUUCGAAUACCUUCAUGAAUCCCUGUGUAAUCCUGAGAUGGCAUCUUGUAUUCAGUGGGUAGAUAAAACCAAAGGCAUCUUUCAGUUUAUGUCAAAAAACAAAGAAAAACUUGCCCAACUUUGGGGGAAAAGAAAAGGUAACCGGAAGACCAUGACUUACCAGAAAAUGGCCAGAGCACUGAGGAAUUAUGGAAGAACUGGGGAAAUCACGAAAAUCCGGAGAAAACUAACUUACCAGUUCAGUGAAGCUAUUCUCCAAAGACUCUCGCCAUCUUAUUUCUUAGAAAAAGAGAUCUUCUACUCACCCUAUGUUCAGCCAGAGCAAGGGUUUCUCAGCCUCAGUAACUGGAAUGCAAAUUAUAAUUGUACAUAUGCUGAUUACCAUGAGUUAAGCCACCCUGACUGCUAAGUUUUCUCUUACAUUUCAUGAUUUCCUGACAUCCCUACCAACCUGAAAUCCCUACCAAUUUCAGGAUUUUUCUCUUAAAGCAAACACUGAAAAGGAAGAAACAAUUAACUUCAUUGUUUCUUUUAAAUAACAUAUAAUCUCUACAGUCAUGAUGAAAAAAAAAUCUGCCAGUAAACAGAUUUAAGUUUAAAUGACCAAGUCCUAUUUGAAAGCAUAGACUAAAUGUCCUUGCUCUUACUUUUGUCUAUGCAAUUCUUCUAGAUAAACAAUGCUGGUAGAGAUGAUUUGACUCAUUGAUUUAAACAUUGUUUUCCUGUCAUACACUCAAGCCAAAAAAAAAUCACUUGUAAUAUAUAUCUGAUGGCUUUAGUGACAAAAUAAAAUAAUUGCAUAUAAUAGUCUUCAUGCUAAACUAUACUCAUGACUUUAAAAACUAUAUAUUUUUUCUGCACUUCAGACUUUAUGUGGCACUAAAGAAAUGAUCUAAGGAUCUAAGGAAACUGCCACCUACCUUAAUGAUAGUAGAACACCAAAGCUUACACUUCCCACAAAUCGUUUCCUGGCGUUUCUCCCCUAGGGUAGAUCCAGGAGCUAACAUUUCUUGUUAUCCUGCCGCUCAGCCACAAGGAGGUGAUCUUGCCUUGUCAUCUUUCUGGAUCAACUUUGAAACACGACCUCCUCUUUGAAUUAGCCCAGCUAAGACCCGACUGGAACAAUUGGACAAAAAGAAAAGAAAAAAAAAAAAAGACUUGUUAAAGAAUAGAGACUAGCAAAUAAAUACAGGGAGGAACGAGGAUUUAGAAAGUCUGACUUGAAAGCUAUGGUAUAUUCUCAAGAUCCCAUCAGUAAUGAAGAAGAAAGAAACGCUGGGAAGAAACCCUGUUUCUUACUUCCUGCUUGGCAGGUUCAUACAUACCCAUCUGUAUUUCCACAACAUAGGAGACCUUCCUAGACUACUUGGGCCACCUUCAGUCCAAGCCAACAGGGCCCAGCUGGCUGGCCAAGAGCUUCCAGAAGCCUACCCUAUUUGAUUUGCAGAUUUUCCCUUUUUCUUUGUGUCCUCCUGGUGCCUUUCAUCCCUCAGGGAUUAAGAACAUGGCAGACCCAGAGUGACUAAAUGAAGGCUAACGAUAUUGGCCAUCUCCACGUGUAGUCUGGGCUUCUGUUAUAGACUGAAUGUUUGUGUCCUCCGAAAAAUCGUAUGUUGAAACCUAAUCCCCAGUGUGAUGGUAUUUGGAGGCGGGUGUUUGAAAGGUAAUUAGGUCAGAGGGUGGAGCACUCAGGAAUGGGAUUGGUGCCUUAUAAAAGAGAUUCAGAGAGCUCCCUUGCCCCUGCAGCCUUAUGAAGACACAACAAGAAAUGGCCUCCCAUGAACCAGGAAGCAGGCUUUCACCAGACACUGAAUGUGCUGGUGCCUUGAUCUUGGACUUCCCAGCUUCCUGAACUGUGAGAAAUAAAUUUCUGUUGUUUGUAAGCC